AUGUCAUUCACCAUCACCACUGCCGACGACUUCACCCUCAUCGAAGACAAUAAUCCAGACAAAAUUUACGAGCAGUUCAAUCAAUUACGCAGUCAAUGCCCGGUCGCACACACCUCACAAACUGGGGGCUUUUGGCUUCUGACACGCUAUGACGACGUGAAGCGUGCUGCCUCCGACACAGAUACUUUUAUCUCCUCUGUGAAAGCAGUCAUUCCAAGCGACCCGCGAGGCAUUCGCCGUCCACCACUUAAUACAGAUCCACCAGCACACACACCUUACCGCACGGCGCUUGAUCGUACGCUCAAGCCGGCGCGAUUGAAGCGACUUGCUCCGGUACUUGAGACUCAUGCACAGCGAGAGUUUGAUACUCUAUUGAAGGCCCAUCGUGUGGACGGUCGAGACGACGGAAAUAAGUCUCAAGCUAGUCAAAUCGACAUUUCUGCACAAUUUGGUGCGUCAUUUGCUGCAUGGGUCGAGGUGGCGUGGUUGAAUCUCGAGGAUGAGACUGCCCCUAUUCUGGCCAGCACGGCCGCAAAAUGGGUGAAUGCGUGGCGUCAGCAGAACGCCGCUGAGACAAGCGCGCAGUCUGCGCGACUGUAUGAUCUUGCAAGGGAAUUGUUUUCCGAUCGAAAGAAGUCAAAACGCGAUCCAGAGUUGGAUCCAGCGUCAUCACUAUUACUCGAGGUUGGGCCAGAUGGCCGCCCGUUGGAUGACGAGCUUCUUGUUGGUGCUCUCCGCCAGUCACUUGUAGUCGGCAUGGUUGCUCCACCGAUUCUAAUUGGCGAUAUUUGCGCUCAUCUUUCCCGCGACCGAAGUCUACAAGCUCGGCUUCGAGCCGAUCCAGCCCUGAUACCUGCAGCAGUAGAGGAAUUCAUACGCCUCUAUGUGCCAUAUCGAGGGUUCUGUCGCACUCCAAAGCACGAUAUUGACCUCCACGGCCGUACGAUACCAGCAGGACAGCCAGUGACCAUGACAUAUGCAGCGGCGAAUCGUGAUCCGGAAGUGUUUGAAAGUCCUAACUCCUUCAUUCUCAACCGAGAGAAUAUCAACUCGCAUCUUGGUUUCGGGAGGGGGAGACAUCGUUGUGCGGGGAUGCCACUUGCAAGGAUGGCUCUGCAGAUCGCGCUUCGGGUGAUAUUACAACGGACGGACGAUUUUGAGGUCCACGGAACCCUUCAAUAUGCGGCCAUGCCGGAGAUGGGAAUCACGAGUUGUCCGUUGCGUGUUGUGCCAGCGCGAUCUCGUUGA